AGUGUACAAAAAAGUUGGGCAACGUGCCAGGACCAAAGUUUUCCUAAAGAAUAUAUAUUAUAUAUAAAUGAGUCAUUUAUCUGAAUGUUAUUACCGUGAGGAAGGAAGCUUCUGGGUUGAGGUUUGUAGUGAAUCACAGCCGUAGAUUCUAUCAUUGCGGUUGUAACAUCUUUAAUCUGUGUUGGGAGUUGGAACUUUACAAGUACAAAUACAAAAGAGAAUCCUCUCUAGGAUUCAGAAUCCAAAAGCGUAGAAUUAAGAAAGAAAAGGGAGAGAAAAAGAAAAGAAAAAAAGAAAAGAAAACAUGUUGGAAGGAAAAGGUAUGAUAAAGGAAACAGAUAUGCCAGAAAAGAUGCAGAUGCAAGCCAUGGCUUGUGCUUCUCAAGCUCUUGAUCUCCAUGAUGUUUUUGACUGCAUCUCUAUUGCUGCACAUAUCAAGAAGGAGUUUGACAAGUUGUAUGGGAGUGGAUGGCAAUGUGUGGUGGGUUCAAACUUUGGUUGCUUUUUCACUCAUACACCAGGUACUUUCAUAUAUUUUGCUCUGGAGACCCUCAAUUUCCUCAUCUUCAAAGGAGCUUCUUCCUGAUUUCACCACUUUGAGUACAGAGAGAAUAUGAGAGAGAGAAGAAGAUAGAGAUAGAUGAUGGGCUGGUGCUGAUGAUCGUUUUUGUAUAAAUAGUGGAGGUUGUAGGUUCACUUCAGUGCCCGAUGGGUAUAGAUUUUUUACUGUUAGGAAUAUCCAUCUUUGUAACUAAAUGUAACUUAUCUGCCUUAAAUAUUUCUUAUAAAAUUUAAUUAUUGUUUUCUAUUA